AUGGAAAUCGAUCUGACGCUUCAGUUUCUGUCUUUUUUGGAGGAGAAUUAUAAGGUGUUUUUGGAGGCUUAUAUCAUGAUUGAAGCGGCCUUGAGUGAACCAUUGGUACCAAAAAUAUCACCAGAGGAGCUGUCAAGAAGGGUGAAGGCAUUGAUCCCUCCCAGACCUCCGCCUCCAGCUGGCCCCAGCAGAGCAGAAAGAGCAGUGCUGGACUUCCACAAGCAGGUAGGCAAUGUGGUGAGCCAUGUUUCUGACCAGUGUAAGGAAUUGUUUGGAGCAAUGCAACCAUCAGAUGCCUGUAGCAGGGAGCAAAUGAUGGUCCAGCUGAUGGGAUCCCUCAGUGUCUCAGGCAGAUACAUCACCUUCAAGGAACAGAUGAAGCCUACGGUGGUACGGCUUGUAUGUGACAAGAUGAAGCAGACAGAGCCAUUCACUGGCCCUGAGGAGCUCAGGGCCUUUGUCAGCAAGCUUUAUGUCUACCUGGUGGAUGAAAUGAAAAAUGCUCUAAACAAGAUUUAUGCAGAUGACACUGAUGAUGACGCCCAGGAUGAGAUCCAAUUGAGUUCUUCACAGCUCAGACUUUUUGCCAGAGAGGCUCAGCUUACUGGGGAUUAUCAGCAGGCUGCUCAGUACUACCAAGAGUUAGUGGCAAGGCAUCCUCGUGACCCCUCUUGUAAGUUUGACUUGGGAAGGCUCUUCAUGCAGACAGGAGACUACAUGAAGGCUGAAGAGUGUUUCCAUGAGGCGGUCUCCAUCCAGCAGACACACCAACCAAGCCUGAUGAUGUGCGGGGUCUUGGCAGCUAUGUUUGAGAAAUACGAUGAGGCCAACACCUUCCUGGAGCGAGCGACCAACAUAGAUCCACCGAGUGUGGUGGCCUGGACCCUGCUGGGCCUGGUCCAUGAGAGCCAGAACCAAUCCACCUGGGCUGAAUGGGCUUUUCUGGAGGCCAGAAAGCUGCUGGGGGAAGAUGAAGCACAGAAUGAAACACAGAGCAAGGAGGAGAAUGAAGACGAAGAAAAGAAAAAUGACAAAGAGGAAGACAAGCUGAAGGAAGCACAGACAGAGAAAUCUCCUGAUACUGAGCAAGUCCCAGAAAGUCAAGACCAGGAAUCAGAGGUGCCAGGACAGCCUCCAGCAGAGAGUGUCAUAACCAGGACAACUCAAGCUAAACCCUCCCCUACUGCGUGCAAAGAGACAGUUCAGUUCUUGCUGCACAACUUUGCCCUGCAGAUGGCUGAGUGGGCUCUGUCCCAGGAGCUGCUAUGUUUAGAAGGAGGUCCCAGUUUCUCCUAUCUUCUUCAUCUGGCCCAGUGGCAGCUGCUCAGAGCUGACUACGUCUGUGCCAAGGCCAGCCUGAGGGAGGCACUGCUUCACCAAGAACAGGAUGCCGAUGCCUGGGCUCUGAAUGGCCACUGUUGCUACCUGCGUGGGGUGUUCAGUGAUGCCCUGGAGAGCUAUGAGAAGAGCCUGACAUUCCCGCAGCAGCCGUCAGACUCUCACCUUGUCCUCCUCCGCCUGGGAUCCAUGUACCUCCAGGAGGGGAAGUUUGAGCAGGCCAAAGUUGUCUACCUGCAGGCCUGUGAGCAGUCUCCAUCCUGUCUGACCUGGUUGGGCCUGGGUACUGCCUGCUACAGGCUGGGGGAGCUGCGUGUUGCUGAGGAGGCUCUGGCUGAGGCCAACCAGCUCAACAACCAGAACUCAGAGGUGUGGGCUUACCUGUCUCUGAUCUGCCUGAAGGCUGGCAAACCAGAGCAGGCAGAAUACUGUCAGAAUUAUGCGAGGAGGCUCGACCUGCAGAAUGAAUCCCUGCUCAAAGAGUUCAGCGACCUGAAGGAUGAACUCUGCCUCAGUCAACUGGAGUCCUGCUUUGCAGCAAGUUCUUAAACAGCGAUUCAAAUCAUAGAACCAAAAAUGUUCCCUAUAC